AUGUCGAGUCGCCCACCACAAGUUGACGUGUUUCACUUCACCAACCGCAUAUCGACGGCUAAAAUAAGAAAAUACAAACUGGCCACAGAACGAGGCAUGGCACCCGGAAACGGAGGCGCGAUGCCCAUGGCAAAUGGCAGGCCCAACAAAACCAAGUCAGAACAUUCCAACGAAACGAGCGAGAGUCCAAUGCAGACACCUACUCCUGCAGCGGACUCAUCUCCAGAUGAUCAACCACCGCCCGCCAAGAAGCCUCGCCUGAAGCUCAAUGUCAGGGCCAAGGAUGAAAACCAGAACGAAGCCUCAGGCGAUACCAUUGCAGUAUCGCGCCCGCAACGGCAUGUCAAAUCUAGAGCCUCCUCAAAUGCUGUCGAGCGACCAGAGCCGGAGCAGGUCUCUGGCAGGCAGAGUCAAUCAUCGCCUGCCCCAUCGUCAGGACUGUCCUCGCUGUCAUCCGCACCACCCUCUGCGCCGCCUUCGGAGAGAGCAGAGUCUCCAUUCAUUGAUCCUGAGCCUGUCGAGGAGGAACAGUACGGUGACUUCAUGUCGUACUAUGUUGCUGGCGGCCCAGUGGCAAAACCGAAAGGCACCAAGGCCAGCUCCGCUCCAAAGCGAAAAGAAAAAGUGGAGCCUGCCAAGAAGGCUCCAGCUACGCAUGUGCAGGUUGCAAGAUCUGUCGAGUCACCAAGAGACCAAGCACUUCCGCCACCUCAGUCACAAGCUCCUCAAUUUCCUAUACAACAACACACCCAUCAACACUCGCUUCCAAUGUCAUCCCAAAUCCAGGUCCCCUCGCAACCGGGCCAGGUACCACAACAAGGCGGAAGGCCUCAGAUACCACCACCUUAUCCGCGAGCGCCUCCUGUCCAUCAGCGACCUCCACCACCACCGCGACCUGUUCCUAUGCCUCAGCCAGUUGUCAACUUUAUUGACAUCGUGCAUGAUCCAAAGCCAAUGCAGCCCGACACCAUCCUAGUCAUGAUCCGCAAGCUCGAGAAUCUCUCUUCAGCAUUGACAAACUUUGGUGGAGUCCCGGCCAUGCCGCAUACGCCUCCAUCCGAGCAGCCGCCUAAGGUGGCGAAACCACCGAAGCCUGCCAAAGCUCAGAAGCCAGCUGAACCUGGCCAAGGCCCGAACCUUGGUGGGGACGAGGUAGCUAACUUCUUGUCCAACUUUGACGACGAUGACGACGAGGAUGAAGACGACGAUGAGCCCACCGAAGAGGAGACUCGCGACCCGCUGGAUCGCAUGCUCCCACAGCCGGGCAUGGUCGACAAUCCUCUGUCAUUUGGCAUCCAGUUCAUACAAAACGCCUUGAGGUCUUGGGCACAGCAGCGCAUCAACCAUCAGGUCACCCAACAAUUUCAAGCGCAGCAUCAGCACCAGAUGCAGCAACAGCAGAUGCAGCCAGUGAAGCGUGGGCCAGGCCGGCCUCGACGGUAUGAUGACUCGGCACAGCAACUGACUCUCGGUCCAAUCAUCCACUUUGACAUGGCCAACACUCCAGAGGGCAUGGCAAUCAAGAGCUUCCAGUCGGUCCUGGACUCUGGCUGCUUACAAGUCAAUGGAAUUCUGCCCGUCGAGCUGUCUCGAGCUCUUCGACGUCUGUACAUGCAGAUCGAUCAUCUGAUCAACCAGGGCGUCAAGGAUAAUACGAACUGGCAAUGCAUGUCGUACGGAGCUCAGAUCACGGCCCACAAGACCAAGGUUCGGAAGCAGAGGGAAGCUAAUGCCAAGGCUGAAGAAGACAUGUUACGACAACGGGACCAGAAUACCAUGGGACCACCAGUGCAGCUUGCCAUUCGCCAGCCAUACAACAACCCACUGCAUGUGACAUCACAGGCGCCAGGCACGCCUCAGGGCAUGGCCCCUUCUCGGUCUCCAAGUGCUGUACGGCAGACCGCGCAGCCCGCUGGAACCGCAGGCGCGUCUCCUGCCAUGCAUAGCAACCCAAGUGCUGGUCCUCAAGGUCAACACAGACCUCGUUCAGAAUCAGUCAAGGGUGACGCUGGUAGUCCGAUCGAGAUCGACACCGACGGCAUUGGAGAAAAUCAUUCUCACACUGCACAAACAGCAGCCCCUGCUAUUCAGACGAUGAAGCCGGUCACUGGCGGCUUCACCGCUGUCAAUGCUCCACCGCGGGUACACAAUCUUCCACCGCCACUGUCACAGGUUCCUCGAAACUCAGCACCAAUCGAGGUGACCGAUACUCCAUCUCCGGAGACUAUCAGAGUCGCCCACAAACAGCCAUCUGGAUAUGAAUCUGGCUCUGCGUCUCCGGCGCUUAAUCAGGGUAAUGGCAUGCCUGGCCAAGGGGUCAUGUCACGAUCCAACUUUCCUCAUCCAGGAGCUGUGGUUAUAGAUCAAUAG